AUGGGAUUUGAUACCAAUCGAAGGGUGGAGGCGAGAGGCUUCGCGGGUGGUAUAUGGGUACUGUGGAAUUCGUGGGAGCUCGGGCUGCAUGUAGAAGACACAACGGAUCAAAUCCUUCACAUGAGCUUUAAGCUUCCCACGGGUGAUGUUGGGUUCUUAUCUGCUGUCUAUGGUUCCCCUGCUAUGGCAACUCGUCGAUCUCUCUGGGAGGAUAUAAGGAGACUCAAUAUGCAAAUCGAUACUCCCUGGAUGUUGCUCGGAGACUUCAAUGCUCUCCUCAGUCCUGAUGAUAAACGUGGUGGUGCGAAGUUUAAUGCCUCGAGCAGCCGGGAAUUUCGUCGGUGUGUGGAAGAGUGUGCCCUCAUUGAUGCACCUUUCACUGGCCCGAGAUUCACUUGGAAGGGUGCUAAUCAGCUGCAAGAAAGACUGGAUCGUGCUAUCUAUAACCCCCAGUGGCUUCAAAAAUACCCGGAGACUGCGACCUUGCAUCUCCCAAGAGUAAAAUCGGAUCAUCGCCCCUUGUUAGUUGCAAUGGCAGGCCGGAAACCCCGCAGGAAUAAGGGUAAACCCUUCCGCUUUUUAGCUCCCUGGCUCCUCCAUGACGACUUCUCCAGGGUUAUGCAAGAGGGAUGGAGCCACGGGGUUGACUACUCCUCUAAACUGGCGGUUCUGACAAGGGAAUUACAAGAGUGGAAUGCAAAAGUGUUUGGUAAUAUUUUUGCCCGAAAACGAAACUUGCUGCACCGCCUAUGUGAACUCGAAAUGAUAAAUGAGAGAAGGCCUACGUCUGCAACCCACCUUGAAGAAGAACGAGUCUGGGCCUCUUUACAGGGGGUACUUAAACAAGAGGAAAUUCUCUGGUUCCAAAAGUCCCGGGCUCAAUGGUUCCGCGAAGGAGAUUGCAAUACGCGCUUCUUCCAUCUAGCAACUCUGAAACGGAGAUGCUUUAAUCGUAUCCGCCGCCUGAAGAAUGGCCAGGGGGAGUGGGUGGAGGAAGAUGAACAGCUUGAGGAGCUGGUUCGGGCUUUCUAUACCAUCCUAUAUACUGCAGAGGAAACAGCAAUGGACAUCCUGCCGGCCACCUUCCCGCCGUUAUCUGUAGAUGUGGCGAGUCUGGACUGGGAUAUCUGCCGGGAAGAGGUGGUGAGCGCUCUGAAGGCCAUGGGCCCUCACAAAGCACCCGGCAAAGAUGGUUUCCAUCCAUGUUUUUUCCAGCGAUGUUGGGAGACGGUCGGCGAUGAAUUCUCGUCCUUUAUCUCCCGAUGCUUCCGCGACCCUGAGCUUAUUGCGUCUGUGAAUGCCACUCUGCUCACUUUGAUCCCAAAGAAGCAGAACCCUGUCUCAGUCGCAGAGUUUCGGCCGAUCGGCCUUUGUAAUGUCUCUUACAAAGCUCUAGCCAAAUGCCUAGCGAACAGGCUAAAACCCUUGAUGGCGCAGCUGAUCAAGCCUAAUCAAACAAGCUUUGUACCGGGAAGGAGUAUCCAGAGCAACAUUAUUAUCCUACAGGAAGUGGUUCAUUCCUUGCAGACUAGAAAAACGAAAGUGGGUCACAUGGCGAUUAAGAUCGAUUUGGCUAAAGCAUACGACCGCUUAGACUGGACUUUCUUGGCGAGCACCCUUGCAGCGACUGGACUCCCAAUGCAUUUUAUUCAAGUUAUAAUGCAUUGCAUCACCUCAGCAUCCUUUGAAGUCUUGUGGAACGGAAGCUGCACGGAAUCGUUUAAACCGACUCGUGGUCUCAGGCAGGGAUGUCCCCUUUCCCCUUAUCUCUUUACACUGUGUAUGGAGUGCUUGUCUCAUGUCAUUGAAGAAGCAGUAAAGGAGAACAAGUGGAAACCCAUCCAACUCGUUCGAGGGGGGGUUGGUUUGACACAUUUGUUUUUUGCAGACGAUCUUGUGCUCUUUGCAGAGGCCACUGUGGAACAGGCAGACGUGGUGAUGAGUUGCUUACAAACGUUCUGCAAUGUGUCAGGAGAGCAAGUCAGCACGGAAAAGUCGAGAAUCUUCUUCUCUCGACAUAUGAAAAGGGACACCUGCAAGAGGAUCAGUGAGAGAUUGAACAUCCCGAUGACUCAAGACUUGGGCCGUUACCUGGGAGUCCCAGUCUUACAUGGUCGCACUACAAAGGAUACGUAUCGGUACAUUCUCGACCGCAUCGAUCAGCGACUUGCAGGAUGGAAAGCGGAUAAUCUCUCGCUUGCGGGACGGGUUACUCUAGCCGUGUCAGUGCUGAAUGCGAUUCCCUCCUAUGCGAUGCAAACUGCCGUUCUCCCGGCAGGAAUAUGUGACCAGAUUGACCAAAAGAUACGGGCUUUCAUAUGGGGUUCUCAGCAAGGGAGACGGCGUAUACACCUCAUCAACUGGGAGACGAUCUGCCUCCCAAAAGAUCAAGGCGGCCUGGGGCUCCGCUCGGCUUGUGAGCUUAACGCAGCUUAUCACAUGAAGCUAGCGUGGACUAUGCUAACUAAACUUGAUGAAUUGUGGGUGCAGGUUUUAAAAGAAAACUACCUCAAAACGGGGCUCUCGGGUGUGCAGGUGCGCCGCCAAUCGGGAGGCUCCUCGCUUUGGAGAGGUCUGCGACGGAUCUGGAACCUCACUCUUUCGGGCAUCCGCUGGAGAAUUCGGGACGGGAGAACAACGAAUUUCUGGACGGAUACAUGGACGGAUGAGGGCAGGCCUUUGAGCGAGCAUGCUUGGACGUAG